AUGUUGACUCUUUUUACUAUAUUUAACAAGGGUGGUAUUGUGCUUUGGGAAAGAUGCUUUGAUCCUUUGUUUUGCAAUAUUAUUAACAAUUUUAUUCAUGAUAUUUUUGUUGAAGAACAGUCUUCUAAGACUAUUUAUGUAAAAGAUAAUUUGGUUGUAAAAUGGACACUCUCUAAUGAAUAUGAUCUUAUUUUUGCAAUUGUUUAUUCAGAAUUUGCACAAAUAAUUUAUAUUGAUGAAUUUCUUGAAAGUACUAAAAAGUUUUUUUGUGAAUUAUAUUAUGAAAAGCUUCAGGAAAAAUGUUUUUUAGAGAAAAAUUUUAGUUUUGAUUCGCAUUUUGAUGUUAGGAUUAAAGAAUUUGAAUUUUUGAACGUUUGUUUACAACAAAAAUAUUAUAUUUUAGUAAUCAAUGAGCUAGGCAAAAAAUUUUUUUUAAAUGAGAACACGUCUUCUCAAGAUUUUGAAUUAGAUAAAGAUAUCCUUGAUGAUGAUAUUCCAAAAACUUUAAAAUCGGAUUUAGAGUCUCAACUUCCUGAAACACCUCAAUUUUCUGAAACAAAUGUUUCUUUUUUGAAAAAAGACAGGAAUAAAAGGAAUUCUAAUAAAAAACUUAAAAAGAAUAUAACGAAAGUGAAUAAUUUAAAUAAUGAUGAACCUAUUAAAAAAAAUAAAAAGUUGAUGCGUAAAUGGGAGGAUGAUUCUAUUUUAUGUAAUAGUGAUAAAGCUGAUUUUUUGGACUAUUCUGUUCAUUCUGAAAAAUCUUCAGCGCCUGUUCAAAAUGAUAUUGUUCGUUUAACGCAAGAAAAUUGUAUGUCAAAGGAUCUUCAGAAUGGGUUUACUAUUAGAGAAUUUGGGGACGAUCUUCAAAAAUCUGAUAAAAAGGGAGAAUCUUCUAAAGAAAUUCAUACUGGGAUGUUUAGUAUAUUUACAAAUCUUGCCAAAAAAAGAAUUCUUUCAUUAAAUGAUCUUACACCAGCUUUGACAAAAAUGAAUGAAUUGUUGUUGAAAAAGAACAUUGCAAAAGAAGUUGCUGAUAGUUUAUGUGAGUCCGUUCAAAAUAGCUUGGUUGGAAAAAAUAUUAGUACUUUUCAAUCUAUUCAAAGCAUUGUUAAAACGACUAUGGAGUCAUCUCUUAAACAGAUCCUAACACCUUCAAUGUCUAUAGAUCUUCUUAAAGAAAUUAAUUUUUCUAAGAGUCAAAAAAGACCAUAUACUAUUUCAUUUGUUGGCGUUAAUGGUGUUGGAAAAUCUACAAGCUUAUCAAAAAUAGCAUUUUGGCUCUUAAAAAAUCACUUUAAAAUUGUUAUUGCUGCGUGUGAUACUUUUAGAAGUGGAGCAAUAGAGCAACUUCAAGUUCAUGUUAAAAAUUUACAGCAAUUAUCAGAGAAAGAAAAAUGUGGGAAGAUUGAAUUAUUUGAAAAAGGUUAUGGUAAAGAUGCAAGUUUAGUUGCAGGUAAUGCUAUUUUAUAUGCAAAAAAAAAAGAAUUCGAUAUAGUUUUAAUAGAUACUUCUGGAAGACGUCAUAAUGAUCCACGUCUUAUGUCCCCGUUAGAAAAGCUUGUUAAUGCAAAUAAUAUUGAUAGAGUUUUCCAAGUAGCAGAAGCUUUGGCUGGGACUGAUGUAGUAGCUCAAGCUAAAAAUUUUAAUAAUGCUUUAGGUUAUAAAAAAAAAUUGGAUGGGUUUAUUAUUUCUAAGGUAGAUACUGUUGGAAAUGCUGUUGGUACCAUAGUUUCCAUAAUAUGGGCGACAGGCAUUCCAAUUCUCUUUAUAGGGAAUGGUCAGACGUAUACUGAUAUCCGUAUUCUUUCUGUUUCAUGGGUUGUAAAAAUGUUAAUGAGUUAG